CUAUGAUCAGUUGACAAGGAAAUUUCUUUAUGGAAAAACUCUUGAUAGUGUAGAUAUUAAAAAGAGAACAUAUUAAAAAUAAAUCAUAUUCUUUCAUUUACUCUGUGCUAGCACCAGUUUUCUGAGCCAGAUCCAAUGGAGAAUAGAACAAGCUUUGGCCUUCAUGGAGCUUACAUUUCACAAUGAAUCAACAAACAAACAAAUAUGUAUAAUUUAAUGCCAGAAAUUGACAUAAUAGAGGGUAGGGAAUGAUAAGGGCUCUGUUUUCUUUCAAAAGUAAGGUCAAAGAGUACUUCUCUGAUACACAGAUCAAGGGAAGACUCCUCUGGUGACAUCUGGGCAGAGAACUAAUAUAAGCCAUGCAAAUAUCUGAGGGAAGGGCUAUCUAGGACCAGGAACAGCAAGUGCAAAGGCCCUGUGGCAGAAACACACUUGAUAGCAGGCUCGAGAAAGUACAAGACCAGUGGGGCUGGAGCAGAGAAAGCUGUUGGAAACAUGGUAGGAAAUGAGAUUGCAGAAGGUGAGCUCAUGAAGGAUCUUAGAAGCCAUGCAAAGUGGGAUAGGAAGCAACCACAAAGUACUUAAAAUAUUUUUAUUACGGAAGGCUUUAUUUUCCUCAUAUGCAAAAGUAGAAAGAACAGCAUGGUGAACUGUCAUCACCCAGCUUUUUAAAUCUCAGCACAUGACCUGUCUGGCUUCAUCCGUCCUGCUCCUUGCCCCAGUCGAUUUUGAAGCAAUUCAUCUGUAAAUAUUUCAUUAUUUUUCUCUAAAAGACAAGGGCCUUUUUAAAAAUGAGCAAAACCACAGUACCAUGAUCGUGCCUAAAAAAGCCAGUCACCCCUUAAUGUCGUCACAUAUCCAGUUGAUAGUUUGGAUCUUGUUUUUAAAAAACCAGCUUUAAAAAUGUUGGUUAAAAAAAACAACAACAUUGUAUACUAAGUGCAACAAUGGUUCACAAUUAAGAAAAAGUUUUUUUUUUAAUUGAUUUUCUUAAAUCAGGAUCCAAACAAGGGUUGCUCAUUAUUCCCAUCACUUCGUUUAGAAUGACCCUUUUCCCCCUUUGCCUGUAACUGAUAGAUCUGUAGCCUUGAUUAGAUUCGUUUAAUUUUUUCUUUUUUCUUUUUGGUCAAGAAGCCAAUAAAGAUCAUUCCCUGCAUCACCGAGGGUUAAGCUUCAAAUUCCGUAAUUUAUUUUGCACUUACUGGUUGGAAUUAUUCUAAAAACAACAACAACAAAACCAAAACUUUCCCUCACCAGCUUUUCAGCUUCCCCGAGUUCCAGUCCGUUCUGGAAAGAUAGGAGAAAUGCUCGUCCUCUCCUUUUCUCCAGCCUAAUGGGUUGUGAUUAGGAAUGACACAAUCCGACUUACAUUUUAGGACCACUCUGGCUGCCGAGUAGAGAACAGACUGAAGCGGGGGUACGUGAGGCGUCACAGCUAGUGGCCUCCCCUUGACAUUCAGUUUCUCUUUCCUCGCUGGUAAGAGAACCACAAUUUAAAACAUUAAUUUUUAAUUGACAAAUAAAAAUUAUAUAUAUUUAUGGUGUUCAACAUGACGUUUCAGUAGAUAUACACACUGUGGAAUGGCUAAAUCAAGCUAAUUAAUAUAUACAUUACCUCACAUGCUUGUAAUUAUUUUUAGUGAGAACAUUUAAAAUCUACUUUCUUAGCAUUUUCAAUUUUACAAUACAUUGUUAUUAAGUUGUAUAGUAGAUCUCCUGAACAUCUUCUCCCUGUCUAACUGAAAUUUUGUACCCUCUGACCAGCAUCCCCGAAUUCCCCAGCCCCACCCCCUGGGAAUCACCGUUCUAUUCUCUGCUUCUAUGCGUUUGACUGUAUUAGAUUCCACAUAUAAUUGAAAUCAUGCAGUAUUUGUAUCUCUAUGCCUGGCUUAUUUUACUUAGCAUAAUUGCCCCCAGGUUCAUCCAUGUUGUCACAAAUGAUGGAAUUUCCUUCUAAGCUUACACAGUAUUCCAUUGUGUGUAUAUACCACAUUUUUUUUUUGACAGUCUCACUCUGUUGCCCAGGCUGGAGUGCAGUGGUGCAAUCUCAGCUCACUGCAGCCUCCACCUCCCAGGCUCAAGCAGUCCUACCUCAGCCUCCCAAGUAACUGGGAUUACAGGUGCCCACCACCACGCCCAGCUAAUUUUUCAAAAUUUUUUUAUUUUUAGUAGAGAUGGGGUUUUUCCAUGUUGGCCAGGCUGCUCUCAAACUCCUGAGCUCAACUGAUCUGCCCAUCUUAGCCUCCCCAAAUUCUGGGAUUAUAGGCGUGAGCCAGUGUGCCCCGCCCACAUUUUCUUUAUCUGUUCAUCCAUUGAUGGACACUUGGGUUGAUUCCACAUGUUGGCUAUCAUGAAUAAUGCUGCAAUGAACGUGGGGGUUCAGGUAGCUCUUUCACAUACUGAUUUCAUUUCCUUUGGAUAUAUACCCAGAAGUGAAAUUACUAGAUCAUAUGGUAGUUCUAUUUUUAAUUUUUUGAGCAACUGCCAUACUGUCUUCCAUACUGGCUGUACUAAUUUACAUUCCCAUCAUCAGUGUACUGGGAGAACCACAGAUUUUGACUGGACUCUGCUGCCUGAAAUAAGAGAUUACAUUGCCCAGCCUCCUUCACAGCUGUGUGUAAGUGUCAGCCAAUGAGAUGUGAGUAGAGAUCCAAGGCACCUGCUUGAAGAGGGCUGACACAGCAGAAGAUACCCUGUCCCUUCUGCCUUCCUCCUCCUGCCCUGCAGCUUGACUGUGAAAGAGUUGUGUCCCAGGAAUCACUCUGCCCCACAGGGUGACAUCAGGGAUGGCAGCUGCAUGCUAGAAUGGUAGAGGAGGAAUUUAGGAAUUUGGGUCUCUGAUGACACUGUUGAGCCACCCUGCCGACCUGGCCUGCCUACCUCUGGACUUCUUUGUAUAAGAGAGGAUUAUGCCCAUAUGUUGACCUGUGUUACUGAAAGAGAAAAGUUUAUUGUACCCAUCAAAGCUAGAGGCGCACGAGCCAUUCUCGAUUUUCCUGACAAGCUGAAUUUUUCCACCUGCCCUGUCAAAUACAGCACCCAGAAGAUUCUGCUGGUACGAAACAUUGGCAAUAAAAAUGCUGUAUUUCACAUCAAAACUUGUAGGCCUUUCUCUGUAGAACCAGCUGUUGGAACUCUUAAUGUGGGAGAGUCCAUGCAACUGGAAGUGGAGUUUGAGCCACAGAGUGUGGGCGAUCACAGUGGAAGACUUAUCGUGUGUUAUGACACAGGUGAAAAGGUGUUCGUAUCUCUCUAUGGAGCUGCCAUAGACAUGAAUAUAAGGCUGGAUAAGAAUUCCCUGACCAUCGAGAAAACCUAUAUAUCUCUGGCCAAUCGGCGAACUAUAACCAUUCACAACCGCAGUAAUAUCAUUGCCCGUUUCCUGUGGAAGGUAUUUGCUACCCAGCAAGAAGAGGACAGAGAAAACUACAGGGUCGGUGAUGAUCAGUUCAAAGAGGAGAAGGAUGAGACUGAUGAGUUUUUUGAAGAGUGCAUUGCUGAUCCUUCACUCCGAGAACGUCUUUCUGUUCUCUCCCGAACCUUUGCGAAUCAGAGGAGGCCGGUGCAGGGAGACAGCAUGAUCUUCUUCAAUAGCGUUUUCACUGUGGAGCCCCUGGAAGGUGAUGUCUGGCCCAAUUCAUCAGCUGAAAUCACCGUGUACUUUAACCCACUAGAAGCCAAGCUCUAUCAACAGACCAUUUACUGCGACAUUUCAGGCCGAGAAAUCCGUCUUCCCCUCCGAAUCAAAGGGGAAGGAAUGGGACCCAAGAUUCGCUUCAACUUUGAAUUGCUGGAUAUUGGGAAGGUUUUCACUGGAUCUGUACAUUGUUAUGAGGCGAUACUGUACAACAAAGGCAGCAUCGACGCUCUCUUCAGCAUGGCCCCUUCAACUUCACCUUUGGGGGCCUGCUUUGUUUUCAGUCCCAAGGAAGGCAUCAUUGAACCAAGUGGAGUCCAAGCUCUCCAGAUCUCCUUCAGCUCUGCCAUUCUGGGAAACUUUGAAGAAGAGUUCCUGGUCGAUAUCAAUGGGUCACCUGAGCCUGUGAAACUGACCAUUAGAGGCUGUGUCAUUGGACCAACCUUCCAUUUUAAUGUUCCGGCUCUGCACUUUGGUGAUGUUUCCUUUGGGUUUCCUCAAACCUUGAUAUGUUCCCUCAAUAAUACUUCUUUGGUCCCCAUGGCUUUCAAACUGCGUGUCCCUGGGGACGGCCUUGGCCGUAAAAGCAUUUCAUGUUGUGAGCAGCAUGCAGACUACAAAAGACCGUCUUGGACCAAGGAAGAAACAUCCUCAAUGAAACCAAAAGAAUUCACCAUCACGCCCGACUGUGGCACUAUUCGCCCCCAGGGAUUUGCUACUAUCAGGGUGACCUUAUGCUCCAACACUGUGCAGAAAUAUGAGCUGGCACUGGUGGUGGACGUGGAGGGCAUUGGAGAAGAGGUGCUGGCACUCUUAAUUACAGCAAGGUGUGUUGUACCUGCCCUCUACCUGGUCAGCACAGAGGUGGACUUUGGGCACUGCUUCCUGAAGUACCCAUACAAGAAAACACUCCAGCUUGCCAAUCAAGAUGACCUCCCAGGAUUCUAUGAGGUGCAGCCUCAGGUGUGUGAGGAUGUACCUGCUGUGCUGCUUUCCAGCCCCACCCCUAGCGGGGUCAUCCCGGCCAACAGCACCAUCCAUAUACCGCUGGCCCUGGAGACCCAGGUCACCGGAAAACACAGGUCCACAGUUUACAUCUCGAUCUUUGGGAGCCAGGACCCCCCUUUGGCAUGUCACUUAAAGAGCGUUGGAGAAGGCCCAGUUAUCUACAUCCAUCCCAGUCAAGUGGACUUUGGCAGUAUCUACGUCCUCCAAGACUCUUCCAGGAUUCUCAACCUAUGCAACCAGUCCCUCAUUCCCGCAUUUUUCCGGGCACACAUGGCACACAAAAAAUCCCUCUGGACGAUUGAACCCAGUGAAGGCAUGGUUCCUCCAGAAACUGAUGUUCAGCUGGCACUGACUGCCAACCUGAAUGACAUACUGACAUUCAAAGACUGUGUCAUUUUGGACAUUGAAAAUAGCAGUACCUAUCAGAUUCCUGUUCAGGCUUCCGGAACUGGUUCCACUAUUGUUUCAGAUAAGCCCUUUGCUCCAGAACUCAAUCUGGGGGCACGUUUUAGCCUGGAUACCCAUUAUUACCGCUUUAAGUUGACCAACAAGGGACGUCGGGUCCAACAGUUGUUCUGGAUGAAUGAUAGCUUCCAUCCCCAGGCCAAGCUGAGGAAGAAGGGCCGGGUUAAGAAGGGACAUGCUCAUGGCUGGCCUCAGCCCAGUGGCUCUCAGGAGCCCAGGGAUCCACAGAGCCCCGUAUUUCAGCUCCACCCCGCCACGAUGGAGCUGUACCCAGACCAGACAAUCGAUGUGACACUUGAAGCCUAUUCUGCUACUCCCAGGAUAGUUAAAGAGAAGCUGGUGUGCCACGCCAUCAUCGGGAUGCAGAAGGGGAAGAGCUUGUUGUUGACUGUGAACAUCACCUGCGAGUUCAUUGCGCCUCUCAUCCAGCUCUCCACCAAACAGCUCAUCUACCAACUGGAGAAGAAACCUAACACUAUCCUGAAAUCUGAUUACCAGCCCUUGGCCAUAAAGAACAUUUCCACCCUGCCUGUGAACUUGUUGCUGUCAACAUCUGAACCCUUCUUUAUAUGUGAGACUGAUAAAUCCCUGCUGCCGGCAACUCCCGAGCCUAUUAAACUGGAAAUUGAUGAAGAAAAAAACCUGCUGAUCAAGUUUGACCCCUCCUACAGAAACGAUCUGAUCAACUGGGUGGCAGAAGAAAUUCUUGAAAUUAAGUAUGUGGAACACCCUCAGAUAGACAGCCUGGACCUGCGUGGAGAAGUGCAUUACCCCAACCUUAGCUUUGAGACAAUGGAGUUGGAUUUUGGCUGCAUCCUGAAUGAUACUGAGGUCAUUCGCUACGUUACCAUCACCAACUGCAGCCCCUUGGUUGUGAAGUUCCGCUGGUUCUUCUUGGUGAAUCAUGAGGAAAAUCAGAUAAGGUUUGUGACAAUGCCAAAGCCCUACAGUGCCCCGCUGUCCCAUACAGAGUCCAUCCCAGCAACCUCACCGACUGCCAGCUCACCAGCACUCCGAGUUGCAGUAGAGUCCCCCGAGAUGGAUUUAAAUAAUUCUGUUAAGACUCUCCUCGUGAAUGAAGAUGCCAGUCCUGUGAAUGAAGAGCUCAGAAAAACAAAAGUGUCCAGUGUGGUCUCAGACGAAUUAAAAAUUAGCUCUGCUGAAACAGAAAGAAUAUACUCAAGCCAGAGCCAGGUGGAGGAUCAGGAAUGCCUACAGACUUGUGAACCAAAUGAGAUGCUUUCCAUCGGAAUAGAAGAAGUUUUUGAUAUUUUGCCCCUCUAUGGAGUGUUGCAGCCACACAGCAGCCACCAAGUGUCGUUCACCUUCUAUGGACACUGUAACAUCAUUUCACAGGCUAAAGCUCUGUGUGAAGUGGAAGGCGGACCCACCUAUGAAAUAACACUAAAGGGAGAGGCGUCCCUGGUCAGCUAUUCCUUUGACACCAAGGAUAUUCACUAUGGAUUACAGCUGUUUGACCACAUCACAGAGAGGGAAAUCACGCUGAUGAACACGGGGAAAGUCAGCUUUGAGUUCAAGGUUCUGACUGACCACCAGUCUUCUCCAGACAACCUUCUACCUGGAGUGCCACUAAUUCUGCCUCUUUCGGGUUUUAUCAGUUCACAUCAAGAGCAGGUAUUGAAAGUUUACUACCUACCUGGAGUACCUGAGGUCUUUAAAAGGAGUUUCCAGAUACAGAUCGCCCACCUGGACCCAGAAAGUAUCACUCUGAGUGGAGAGGGAAUCUUUCCCCAAAUCUGCCUCGAUCUCCCCAGGAACCUCACAGCGAAUGAAAAGUAUGAAACCUUCUUGAAUCAGGCCAGGAAAAACACUGACAAAGAGUAUAACAAAUGUGAAACAGUCGAUCAGUUUGACAUAAUAACCGAGGAAGUGCCAGAAGAUGAGUCUGCAGAGGUAAGUUCUCAUAUCCAGAUGGAAGUAGAGAGACUUAUUGUCCAAAGCUAUGUCCUAGAACGUCAGAAAACGAUCACCCCUGAUCCCACAGACACCUGCUUCAGCCUUCGGAAUCGCCGCAAACUGGCCAAAGUCCAGCUGCCAGAGUACAUCCUGGACUUCGGCUACAUCAUCCUUGGUGAAGUCCGAACCCACAUCAUCAAAAUCACCAACACCAGUCAGUUUCCAGUGUCGUUCCACGCAGACAAGCGCGUCCUUCAUGAGACAGGUACCCAGGCUGGAUUUAGUACUGAGCUAGAUCGUGUAAAGAAUCUGCCUUACUGUGAAACAGAAACGUUUGAAGUGAGAUUUGACCCACAGGGGGCCAAUCUACCUGUUGGAAGCAAAGAAGUCAUUCUGCCCAUCAAGGUGGUUGGAGGGCCACCAGUUCACAUCUGUCUUCAAGCCAAGGUGACCAUUCCAACCAUGACUCUCUCUCGUGAAAAAGUGGACUUUGCCACAAUUCAGUGUGGACAGUGCCUGGUGGAAACUAUUCAGCUUUCCAAUCAUCUCCAAGUCCCUUGUGAAUGGUUUGUCCACAGCCAAAAGCCUAUUGACAAGCUGGAGAAACACAUGCCAAAAUACUUAAGACAGAAACUGCGUGCAGAAUUAAAGCCCAAGAUCCGGAUCUUUGAGAUCCAGCCCAUUUCUGGAGUCUUGGAUCCUGGUGAGAAGUCCAACGUGCAAGUGAAAUUCAUGCCAAAAGAAGAGAAAUUCUACAGCCAAACCCUAAUGUUUCAGAUUGCCCAGAGUACUCAAAAGCUUACACUGCUGGUAUAUGGGCAAGGUCUAGAGCCACGCCUGGAAUUUAGUCCUUCAGUCCUGGACCUGGGGCCACUGCUACUUUGUGCACCUAGAGAUGAGGCCGAAGUGAUAGUGAAGAAUCCCUGUGACUUCCCCAUUGAGUUUUAUUCCUUAGAAUUUGAUCAGCAAUAUCUCAUAGAAGAAAAGAUCUUGCGGAAGAUGAAGGGCUAUGAUUCCUACAACACCCUGCUGCUGCCUCCCCGCAACCCGGGGGAGAAGCUGCCUCCAGAACUGUAUGAGUACUUUAAGGAUAUGAAGAAGUCAAAAGAGGAGCAGAUAAGGGUGAAAUACCUGGAGAAUCUGGCACAGGAGAAUGAAGAAGAAGACAUGCUCACAUCAGAUCAGGGAACCUCCUCUAGCACGAAGAGGUCAUCGCUGAGCCAAGGGAUCUCUGCCACGUCCAACUUGGAAGAGCAGCAGGGCCUGUUGAUCGAGUCCAGAACCUAUCCAGAGGAAGAGGAGGAUGAGGACAGUGUGGAAAACAUCAUGUUCCAAACUGACAAGAUUCAGAGCAUUGACAACCACCCCAUGGAGGAAGUUGGAGAGGUAGAAAACAACCCAGUGAGCAAAGCAAUUGCUCGCCACCUGGGUAUUGACAUUUCUGCAGAAGGUCGCCUGGCUAAGAACCGGAAAGGCAUUGCCAUUAUCAUCCAUGGGACACCCUUGUCAGGAAAGUCAGCCAGCGCUGUCAGCAUGGCCAGGUACUACAAUGCAGCCUGCCUGAGCAUCGACUCCAUCGUGCUGGAAGCCGUGUCUGACAGCAACAACCUCCCAGGGAUCCGGGCCCGUGAGCUCUGCAUCAGGGCUGCCAUAGAGCAGUCCAUGAAGGAAGGAGAGGAGGCUGCCCAGGAGGCUGCUGUGGGUCAAAAUGCCGUGGGGCAAAGACAACUGAGCAGUGAGAUCUUGGGCAGGUUGACCUCAGAGAUGGCUCUGGUGGCCCCGGAAAUUAAACCUGGAAAGAGCGUUCGUGGGAGCUUGGUAAACUCCAAAAGCAAGGUGGAUAGCCAUGGCUCCGGGUCGCAGAAGCAGCAUCACCUGCAGCAGUCCGAAACAUCACAGAUUUCCUCCAGCCCUCUUCCGGGGCCCCCUCAGCACCGGCUCAGUGUCAGACCCAGUGUCGGAGGCGAGACGGGGCUGAUGAGCUGUGCGCUCCCAGAUGAACUUCUCACGCAGAUCCUGGCAGAGCGGAUACAGCUGAGUGACUGCUACCGAGGGGUGGUGUUUGACGGCCUUGACACACUCUUUGCUCGGAAUGCCGCGGCCGCCCUCCUCUGCCUGCUGAAGGCCAUUGGCAGCCGGGAGCAUAUAUACGUUCUCAACAUGGCCCAGGAUUACACAGCCAUGAAGGCCCAGGAGAAAGCCAAAAAGGAGCAAGAAGAACGCAAGCACAAGGAGGCUCUUGAGAAAGAGAAGGAGCGUCUCCAAAACAUGGAUGAGGACGAAUAUGAUGCCCUGACCGAGGAGGAGAAAAUGACAUUGGAUCGGGGGAUUCAGCAGGUGCUCCGGGAGCGGAAGAAGAGGGAGCAGGAGAGGCUGGCAAAGGAGAUGCAAGAAAAGAAGCUACAGCAGGAGCUAGAGCGACAAAAGGAAGAGGAUGGGCUGAAACGGAGGAUCAAAAAAGGAAAGCAGGGAGUCGUGAAGGAGGAGCCAUCCCUGAAGAAAUCUCAAGCCGCAAACAAGCAGGUUCCUCCUUCCACCAAAGCGGAUGUCAAGACAGAGACGGUCGAAGGGAAAAUAUCUGCUAAGGAACAAGCAACAUCUGACAAGGAAGAGCUAAACAAGAAGAAAAAGAACAUGACCGAUGUCAGCACGCAUGGGUUUCCUCUUGUCCAGGAUCAAGAGGACAGCGAAGGGGACAUCUCGAAGGACCCCGAAAAGCAACUGGCCCAGAAGUUUAAGGCCUAUGAGUUGACGCUGAAGGACGUCCAGAACAUCCUUAUGUACUGGGACCGGAAGCAAGGAGUCCAGCUGCCUCCCGUGGGGAUGGAGGAGGUGCCCCAUGAGCCCAACGACCAGCGCCAGGGCCCCUCCAGUGGGCGCAGGGGCCGCAGGGACCGGGAGAGGGAGCGCCAGGAGAAGGAGCGGGCGGAGAAGGAGCGCCUAGAGAGGGAGAAGGCGGAGCGUGAACGCCUGGAGAAGCUGAGAGCCCUGGAGGAGUGGAGCGACUGGGAGGGGGAAAGUGAGGAGGACCAUGAAGGGAAGAAGGAGAAGGACCUGGGCGUGCCCUUCCUCAACAUCCAGGCACCAGACUUUGAAGGCUUGAGCUGGAAGCAGGCCCUAGAGAGUGACAGGCUUCCCAAAGGGGAGCAGAUCCUAGACAUCUUGGGUCUGGGUUCCUCCGGACCACCCAUUCCGCCUCCUGCCUUGUUUUCAAUCGUCUCCUACCCUGCGAAACGGCCGCCUUUGUCCGGAACAGACACCCUGGGGCAUUUUGUGUUUGUGACCCCACCAUCCGAAGACGCGUCUCUCGAUGAAAGAAGAGAAAUGGAAAUAGAAUCAGACCUUUUGGCCUCCACAAACACUAUCAAGGUUCAAGAGGAGCAGACCAGCUCAUCUAAAACAGGCAGACAGAAAAUGAAAGAAAAGAUAGACCAAGUCUAUGAGACUCAGAAGGACAAGCGUCGCAUAGCCUUAACCAAGAAGGCCCUUUCGGGGGAACCUGCUGGAACCAUUUCCCUGCUGUCAGAUACAGACCUGAACAAUUUCAACGGGCAGCACUCCCAGGAGAAACUCGUCAGACUGAAUCACUUCCGGUGGAUUGUCCCAGCCAACGGAGAGGUAACGUUGCAGGUGUACUUCUCUUCUGACGAGUUGGGGAACUUUGACCAAACCUUUAACUUUGAGAUCCUAGGGACUUGCCGCCAGUACCAGCUCCACUGCCGAGGCAUCUGCACUUACCCAUACAUUUCCCAAGACCCAAAAGUGAUAUUUCCUCAGAGGAAGAUGGACAUGAAGAUAAAUGAGGUCGUCUUUAAGAAGUAUGUUAUGAGUGUGGAGACAUACUACUUCGGGCCACUGCUUUGUGGUAAAUCAAGAGAUAAGUACAAGUCAUCAGUAUUCCCAGGCAACAUGGAGAGGCUCACAAUCCUGAACACUUCCUUAAUGGUGGUGGAGGCAUUCUUCUAUUUCCAGAAUGAUGUCAAAGCAAACACAUACUUCCUGGAACCCAACACCAUGGUCCUGAAGCCCAAUGAGAAGCAGAUAUUAAACGUAUGGGCCUACCCUACUUCAGUUGGUGUCUUUGAAGACAGUAUCGUCUGCUGCAUCAAUGAUAACCCAGAGCCAGUCAUCUUCCAGUUAAGCUGCCAGGGGAUCCGCCCGGAACUAGAGUUGGAACCCAGGCAAUUACAUUUUGACCGGCUCUUGCUGCACAGACAGGAAGCCAGGGUAGUUCUUCUCCGCAAUGUCACACUCCUGCCGGUGGCCUGGCGGAUCACCAACCUGGAGCACUUGGGUGAUGAUUUCACUGUGUCCAUGAUGCAGGGAACCAUCCCCCCCAAGGCUGAGUAUGGCCUUCAUCUCUACUUUCAGCCCACCAAGCCUAUCAACAUCAGGAAGGCUUUUCGGUUGGAGGUUUUAGAUGCAGAAAAUCUUCUCGGUGUUGUUCAGAUUGAAAAUAUCAUGGUCUUUGCAGAGGCAUACGACAUCGCCUUGGACAUCACCUUCCCCAAAGGAGCUGAAGGAGGCCUGGACUUUGGGAUUGUCAGGGUCACAGAGGAGGUGAAGCAGCCCCUGCAAUUGAAGAACCGUGGGAAAUACGAGAUCGGGUUCAGCUUUUCCGUGGACUCUGUAGGGAUUUCAACACCUAAUAUAAAUUCCAUGAUCUCAGUCCAACCCAAAAAGGGUUCACUGACCCCAACAGAAAAACCCACAAAUGUCCAAGUUUUCUUCCAUGCAAAAAAGGAAGUGAAGAUCGAGCACCAGCCUGUUCUGCACUGUCAGAUUAUUGAGCCCAGUAUUUCAGAAGGAGGUGAGAUCAUUGCCAGCAUCCCAAUUAAGUUUUCUGUGAAUGCAGUAUAUUCCAAAUACAACAUCAGCCCCUCCUCCAUCAUCAACUUUGGAGCUUUGAUCUGUGGCGCUCGUAAAAGCACCACCUUCACCAUAGAAAAUCAAGGUGUUACUGACUUCAAGUUCUCCCUUUAUCGGCUGACAGGGGAGAGCCCCAUUCAUCAAAAGAAAGCGGUCAGCCACAUCAGACAAGCAAGAUCCCGAGAAAGUGAGAGCUUCUACAAAACUGGCCCUUCCAAAACAUACAAGUUCUCUGACUUGAUUCAGAAGGAAGUGAUCAGCACAGGCCAGGCCCGCUUCUCCCAUGGCAUGUUCACCGUGUACCCCUGGUUUGGCUCCAUCCCUGCCGGAGUACAGCAGGUCAUCAAUGUUGACUGUGUGGCUGACCCCGUGGGAAGAUGUGAGGAGUUUAUAGCCAUUGAUAUCUCCGGCCGAGACCCUACAGACCAGCCUACCAGCAUUCCUUACACUCUGCUGGCUGAAGCCUGUCUCCCAGCCUUCGUGACUGAAAACAAUGCCUUGAUAUUUGAAGAGCACCAGAUAUGCACCAGCGCCAACCUGUACCACAUCCUGCAGACCAUAGAGAGUGGGGGGCUGUUUGUGGAGGACGAGAACAAGUUCAUCUUCUGCAAUGUCCUGGUAGGCUGCCAAGCCAAGGCUCGGUUCAAGAUCAGCAACGUGGGAAAGAUUGCCUGUGAUGUCAACGUUGUAGUCAGGCCUGUCUCCAAUAAGCCCUAUGCCCGCAUCGUCGACAUUUUUGACGUGGAACCCAACAAGAUGUGCAUUGCCAGUCACUCCCAUGCCUUUGCCACGGUGUCCUUCACCCCGCAGAUCAUGCAGAACUACCAGUGCAUCUUCGAGGCUACCUUGGAUGGCUUGCCCAGCACCCUGGUCAAGAGCCGAGGCCUUGUGUUUGACAUCGCUGGUGAGGGGAACCUCCCUCGAGUGACGGUUGUGCGGCCAAUUCUUCAUAACCAACAUGGAAACCCCUUGCUCCUCUUUAAGAGGCUUCUCCUUGGUCGUUCAGAGAAGCUGCCUCUCAUCCUCAAGAACAAUGGCAUCCUCCCUGCCCAGCUGCAUGUUGACCUGCAGGAUGACCUAGGAGUCUUCUCCCUGAAGGGGAGGCCCACCACCUCGUACAUCUACAUCACAGAGGAAAACAAACCACAUGAGAAAGCAAAGAAAGCUCACACAGCCUCCUUGGUUGUUUCUCCUGGAGAUACAGCUGAAUUUGAUGUCUUUUUCCACUCCCAGAAGGUUGGGAGAGUGAAAGGAAUCAUCCACUUGUCAGUGAUCAACAACCAGUAUGAGGACACCAUCAUCCGCAUGGUGGGAGAGGGCUAUGAGGAUGACAUCACCUUGGACAACAUCCACGGGCUGGUGGCUUCCACCAGUCAGGAAGGCAUAAGUAUCUCUGAGUUCACAGAGAUCCUCGAGGACAAUGAUAUGGAAGACUUGGUGGCAGCUGCUCUGGUGGACCAUAUCCAGUUUGGGGACUGCCACAUUGGACACAGCUAUAAUGUGAGCUUCACAGUCACAAAUCACAGCCAAGUGAACGUGAUACGGUUUGAAUGGCCUGUUUUAGCUACAGUUACUUUCUCCCCACAGAUGGGCCACCUCCACCCUGGGUGUGCCAAGGACAUAGUGGUGACACUGAAGUCAGAUGUACCCAUCAACCUGAAGAACAUGCAGAUCAAGUGCAAGCUCUCCAAGAUCAUGUUUCAGGUCCCUGCAGACCAGGUCUCCGAUUGGGAUGACCGCAUGCACACAGUCAAGUGGGUGGACGUGCCCAGAAACAUGCCUGGAACUCUCAAUACAAAAAGAAAAGUGAUAGAGACGGAUCCUGAGCCUGCUCACUCAGUAGUAGAAGAAAACUACCCAGAACUGCAGCUUCAAAUCAGCGCCAAUGUGGAUUUUGCUUCCUACCACUGCCAAACAAGAGAUGUGUGCUUUAAGGAAACCUUGGUUUACCAGACCCGGGUGUUUGAGUUUGACAUGACUAAUUCAGGACGUGUGCAGCUGGAAUUUAGCUGGGUCUCAGAAGAUUCCUCAAAGGCAGUCAGCUCUGCAAAACCAGAUCACCACGGUUCCACUCAAAAAGAUCAGCUUAGUCAGGUCACGAUGCACACGGCCAGCACCCUGGACAGCGCCAUGGACCACUGGACUGAAGGUUCCCCACAACCCUUCUCUGUGGAGCCCUCCUCUGGAAUCGUGCCUGUGGGGAAGAUUCAGAAGCUCAAAGUGAAAUUCUCUCCAUUGGACAUUGGAGACUUCGAGAGCAACCUUUUCUGCCAGAUUCCCAACCUGCCACCUGGAGAGCAAGGUCCGGUCCUGGUAGCAAAAGGGCGGAGCAUCUUGCCCAUCUGCCAUUUUGAUCUGAAAGACUCAGACUACAUCAGUGGCCAUCAGCGCAACCCAGAGCUCCGAGGACCUGGUGGGGGAGAUCUGGAUUCAAACAUCCGGGUGAUUGAGUUCGCCGCUGUGGGCCUAGGAGGGAAGAAUCUCCGGACCUUUACAAUCCUAAACCCAACCAAUAGCACCUACUCCUUCUCCUGGACCUCUGAAGAAACUGAAAGUCUCCAGAACCCCACAGCAUUCACAUGUCUUACAGAGAAGGGCUUCAUCCACCCUGAAAAAAAAGCUGAGAUCGUGUUCCAGUUCACACCUUUCCAUCUGGACAUCACUGAAUCACUGUGGACCUUCCUAAUCCCUGAACACAACAUCACAGUCCCUUUCCUGCUGGUGGGCAAAACUACUGACCCUCUUAUCUCUCUGAACAAGUCACACCUCAACUUCAGCUCUCUCCUCAUUGGCAGAGAAGCCAGGGAGACUGUGCAGAUCAUCAACAAGGAGGAGCAGGGCUUUGAUUUUUCCUUCCAGGACAACUCCCGCUAUUCUGAAGGUUUCAGCAACAGCCUGCUUGUGUGUCCCAUGGAAGGCUGGCUCCCACCACUGUCCAGGUUUCCAAUUGAUAUUUUCUUCACACCAAAGCAGGAAGGAGAUGUGAACUUUAAUUUGAUCUGCAAUGUGGAAAAGAAAGUCCACCCUCUGAGGUUAAAUGUCAAGGCUGAGGGCUACACUAUGAAUGCAGAGAUCAAGUGCAAGGACAAGACAGGCACCGUCACUCUGCUGACUCCCAACCAGAAGAACGUUAUCAACUUCUAUGAGGUGGAGUUAAAUGAAUGUGUCCAGUGUGAAUUCAACUUUAUCAACACUGGAAAGUUCACCUUCAGCUUCCAGGCAGAGCUGUCUGGCUCCAAAGCCCUGCUGCAGUAUUUGGAAUUUUCACCCACUAACAGCAUUGUGGAUGUGGGGCAGAGUGUACAUGCCAUCCUGUCUUUUCAUCCAGUUAAGAAGUGUGUCUUGACAGAUCUGGAACUCACAAUAAAGAUCAGCCAUGGCCCAACAUUGAUGUGUAGCAUCUCAGGCUGUGCUGUGAGCCCGGCUAUCCAUUUCUCCUUCACCAGCUACAACUUUGGGACCUGCUUUAUAUAUCAGGCUGGGAUGCCCCCGUACAAACAAACCUUGGUCAUUACCAACAAGGAAGAAACACCUAUGAGCAUAGAUUGUCUGUACACCAACACCACUUACCUGGAGGUGAGCUGCCGUGUUGAUGUGAUAAAGCCCGGAAAGACACUGGAGGUUCCAAUAACUUUUUAUCCUCGAGAAAGUAUCAACUAUCAAGAACUCAUCCCCUUUGAAAUCAAUGGGCUCUCACAACAAACAGUUGAAAUCAAAGGGAAGGGUGCUGAAAUGAAGAUUGUAGUCCUAGAUCCAGCCAACAGGAUUGUGAAGUUGGGAGCUGUCCUGCCAGGGCAGGUUGUGAAAAGAACAGUUUCCGUCAAGAACAACAGCCUGGCCCAGCUCACAUUUAACCAGUCCGUUAUGUUCUCAAUUCCAGAACUCCAGGAACCCAAGGUCAUCACCUUGGUGCCCUUCCGCAACAUCACGCUGAAGCCCAGAGAAGUCUGCAAACUGGACGUCAUCUUUGCCCCAAAGAAGCGCAUCCCUCCCUUCUCUGAGGAGGUGUUCAUGGAAUGCAUGGGGCUCCUGCGCCCCCUCUUCCUCCUUAGUGGCUGCUGCCAGGCCCUGGAGAUAUCCCUGGACCAGGAACAUAUUCCCUUCGGACCCGUGGUGUAUCAGACACAAGCCAUGCGUCGCAUCCUCAUGUUGAACACAGGCGACGUGGGUGCAAGGUUUAAAUGGGACAUCAAAAAAUUUGAGCCUCAUUUCUCCAUUAGCCCAGAAGAAGGCUAUAUUACCUCAGGCAUGGAGGUUUCUUUUGAAGUGACCUACCAUCCCACCGAGGUGGGAAAGGAGAGCCUCUGUAAAAACAUUCUCUGCUUCAUCCAGGGAGGCAGUCCUCUGAGCCUAACCCUGUCUGGAGUCUGCAUGGGACCACCUGCAGUAAAAGAGGUGGUGAAUUUCACGUGCCAGGUGCGGUCCAAGCACACACAGACCAUCCUGCUGUCAAACCGCACCAACCAGACCUGGAAUCUGCAUCCCAUCUUUGAGGGUGAGCACUGGGAGGGACCUGAGUUCAUCACCCUGGAGCCCCACCAGCAAAACAAGCCCUAUGAGAUCACCUACAGGCCCUGCACCAUGAACUUGGAGAACCGCAAGCACCAGGGCACCCUCUUCUUCCCCCUCCCAGAUGGGACUGGCUGGCUGUAUGCUCUGCACGGGACUGCUGAGCUCCCCAAAGCUGUAGCCAAUAUCUACCGUGAAGUACCAUGUAAGACCCCCUACACUGAACUCCUGCCAAUUACCAACUGGCUAAGCAAGCCCCAGAGAUUCAGGGUCAUCGUGGAAAUACUGAAACCGGAGAAGCCAGACCUAAGCGUUACUAUGAAGGGCCUUGAUUACAUUGAUGUACUGUCUGGCUCUAAGAAAGACUACAAGCUGAACUUCUUUUCCUACAAGGAGGGAAUGUACACUGCAAAGGUGAUCUUCCGAAACGAGAUUACAAAUGAGUUCCUGUACUACACAGUGAGUUUCAAGGUCAUCUCUUCAGGCAUCAUCAGAACCAUCGAGAUGGUGACCCCCGUCCGGCAGAUUGCAUCAGCCUCCAUCAAGCUGGAGAACCCUCUGCCCUACUUGGUGACCUUCUCCAUGGAAUGCCGGAUACCGGACAUCUCCCUCCCCUCCCAGUUUGUGGUGCCUCCCAACUCCGAGGGCACGUUCUCAUUUGAAUUCCAGCCCCUGAAAGCUGGAGAAACCUUUGGAAGACUGACUUUGCACAGUACUGACUUGGGUUACUACCAGUAUGAGCUCAAUCUGAAAGCCACGCCAGCACUUCCGGAAAAGCCCGUUCACUUCCAGACUGUCCUUGGCAGCAGCCAAAACAUGCUUGUGAAGUUCAUCAAUUAUACACGGCAGAGGAUAGAAUACUACUGCAGGACUGACUGCACAGACUUCCACACAGAAAAAAUCAUUAAUGCAGCCCCAGGAGGCCAGAGCGGCACUGAAGCCAGUGUGGAAGUCUUCUUCGAGCCCAGCCACCUGGGUGAGACCAAGGGCAUCCUCAUGCUAUCAUCACUUGCAGGUGGGGAGUAUAUCAUCCCCCUCUUUGGAAUGGCUCUGCCUCCCAAGCCCCAAGGUCCCUUCCUGAUCAGAGCCGGAUACAGCAUAAUCAUCCCCUUCAAGAAUAUCUUCUAUCACAUGGUGACCUUCUCCAUCAUCGUGGAGAACCCAGCCUUCAGCAUUCGCGCUGUGGAGUCUGUGCGGCCCAAGAAGAUCAACAACAUCACAGUCUUCUUUGAAGGAAACCCAUCCGGCAGCAAAACCCCCAUCACCACCAAGCUGAUUGUGAGCUGCCCUCCUGGUGAAGGCAGUGAAACUGGAAUUAAAUGGGUUUAUUAUCUGAAGGGGAUCACCCUUUAGUGGUAACCAGAGUUACCUGCAUCAACCAAAAGUUAUGCAUUGUCUUAGCCUGACAAAGAAGAGAGAAAACAAUAAAAAUUCUAAAGGAACUGUUUUUAUUCUUCUCAUACAAUUAUAGGGGCAGUUAUUUCCAUAUUACAUGUUUUCCAAAUAUAGAUAUGAAAUAUCUAUUCAUAUUAAGCAUUAUAACUACACACAACAGAUCCGUAUUUUAGACAACUGAAUCCUUGUAAGUCCCUAAAUUUAGUUUCUUGACAUCGCCCCAAAGCUCAAGUACUUUGUAAUAAUCUCCAUUUUUUACAGGAAGGCACAAGCAUCACACUAAUAACCUUCUACCAUACAACACUUAGCAGCGUGUGACCCUGGGCCCUGAGUUUCUUUUUGAAAUCCAAAAGGGUGGGGUUUCUCUUUGCCGCGGUGCGCCAGAGCAGAGUACAGUCUGAGGCGAAGGGAGUCAUGGCAGGACAGGCGUUUAGAAAGUUUCUCCCACUCUUUGACCGAGUAUUGGUUGAAAGGAGUGCUGCUGAAACUGUAACCAAAGGAGGCAUUACGCUUCAGAAAAAUCUCAAGGAAAAGUAUUGCAAGCAACAGUAGUCACUGUUGGAUGGGGUUCUAAAGGAAAGGGUGGAGAGAUUCAUCCAGUUAGCGUGAGACUUGGAGAUAAAAGUUCUUCUCCCAGAAUAUGGAGGCACCAAAGUAGUUCUAGAUGACAAGGAUUAUUUUCUAUUUAGAGAUGGUGACGUUCUUGGAAAGUACGUAGACUGAAAUAAGUCACUGUUGAAAUGGCAUCAAUGUGAAGCUGCCCGUUCCACUGAAGUUCUGAAAUCUUCCAUCAUGUAAAUAAUUCCCAUCUCUCUCUUUUAUAAUAAACUAGUGAUAACUGAUUUUUAAAAAUCCAAAAUGGUUUAAAAAGCCCUUAAACAUGACUAUUUUGAUGCGGCAUUUUAUUCUGCUUUCACAUAAAAGCCAAAUGAGUAUUUUCAAAGGGAUGGACAGAUAACAUUAGGGCACCCAGGGACACCUCCAUGACUUUUUCUCUUGGCUUUUAUGCUAUCAGUGUCCAAAUCCCACAUUUGUCCUACACAGAAAGUUCUCACUGAAGUCCAGGCUCUGAAGAAUGGCUAAAAGAGAUCUCAGCUUCCCCUGCCACACACACACACUCCCAGCCUUGGAUAGCACUUGGAGUGAGAGCAGGGAUUCCCAACCCAUCUGCACAUCAGAACCACCUAACUCUCACUCAGACCCUCCCUCAACCCCAUCUGAUUUAAUUGGUCCAGAGAGGGGUGUGGGCAUCUUUAUUAUAUAUAUAACUUGUACAGCAGAGUUGAGAACCAGUGCCACAGAUCAGUCACCUGCCCAGCCAUUUGUGCUGCAACUGAGUUAGGAAAUCCCUGCCAGGGAAAGGACCACACCUCAGUUUGAUACGUUGCAACUGCCCCUAUUUUGUGUGCACCCAAAGCAUGGUGAUUAAGUGUCUUUUUUCAAACAUCACUUUGGAAGCUUCACCUCCAAGAAGCAGUGGAGCACCUGCCUCAGCCCAGAGACUUGGCUUCCCGUGGGUCUCGUGGUGUGUGUUAAUAGGACCACUCACCUAUCAGUGUCACCUUUUGAAAUAAAGACGGUUAAAGUCUG